CAAGGAUUGUUAAAACUGAACAUGUUAUUGUAAGUGUUUUAUAUUUCACUUAACUUUUUUUUUCUUUACUGCUCUACAAUGGCAAAUUUGGAAAUUGUUCUGUUAUUAAUUUCCGGAUUUUCUACUCUGAUUUUUUCACUGGCACCGGAUGCUAAAUUUGAAAUUCAAGAAGAGCUACCCGUCGGGACUUUGGUGGGUCACGUGACAGAGUUACCUAAUCUAUUUCCGGAAUUGUCAGAACGAGACAGGAAACAGCUCCAGUACGGGAUCUUGAACCAGGCCAGCGCUCCCGGGUCGCUGUUCAACAUCAGCCGGACGGGUGGGGCUAUUUACGUUGCCAAGAGAAUCGACCGCGAGGCUUUAUGUCUGGCACUAGCAGACUGCACGCUGACCAUCAACAUCCUGGCGUCAUCACAAUUCCCAUCACAGUUCGAUUCUAAGCUAAUAUCUGUCGUCUUCACCAUCCUCGACAUAAACGAUAACUCUCCCAGUUUUGAAAGGGAGAGCAUCGUUCUUCAAGUCUCAGAAAGGAACUCAAUCGACACCGUGGUUAAAAUCACCGGCGCGAACGAUAAAGAUUACCUCCCCGAGUUCAAGGUCAAAGGUUACACGUUGAACAGCUUUCAGGACGUGUUUCAACUCACGGCGACCAAGACUUUAGACGGCAGCUCGGAGAUUGACCUCAAGCUGAAGCAGUCGCUUGACCGCGAGAUGAAGUCAAGAUACGACUUCACCAUCACGGCCUACGACGGGGGCUCCCCGCCCCUCUCCUCCAUCCUCGCCGUCACCAUCGAGGUCACCGACGUCAACGACAACGAGCCGGUGUUCACCAACAGCUCGUACAACGUCACGCUCGACGGGAAAAUCCCGCUGGGCACCGUCAUCGUGCGCGUGUCGGCCACCGACGCCGACGACGGCAACAACGCUCUGGUGACCUACGACUUCAGCAGCGUUCAGAAAUCCCAACUUGAAACCACAUUUCACAUCGACCCUACCAACGGGAACAUAUCCCUGAUUGGUCCGUUAAAAUCGGGAAUUACCGAUUUCAUCGUCGAAGCUCAGGACAACGGCACCCCGCGCUUGAAAACUCAAACGGUCGUCCGCGUCAACGUCAUCAACACCGGAAACACGCCCCCGAGAGUUACCAUAACAACCGUGGGCGCAAACUCGGACCAGAAUGUCGUGUCGGUGUUGGAGCCCGGCGGCCGUGGACUUUUUGUCGCGUUCGUCGCCGUGGAAGACGACAAAAUCGACAAUGUUGUUUGCGACAUCAGUAACGAGGUUUUCAAGAUGGAGCCGGUGCCGAACAAAGGGUACAAGAUAGUUCUACAGGGAACCGUCGACAGGGAGACUAGGGAUUCCUACAACCUGACCGUCGUCUGCAACGACCGUGGCGACCCCCCUCUUCAAGCCUCGGCCAAUUUCACCGUUAAAAUCGAAGACGCCAACGACAACGCUCCGGAAUUCACCCAGAAAAGGUACUCAAGGACAAUCAAAGAAGGUAAAAAAAAUAGCGACUUCGUUCUUCAAGUUUCGGCUAUUGAUAAAGACGCCGGAAACAACGCAGUGAUCUCGUAUAGUAUCGACUCUGAUUACAAACAAUACUUCGAUAUCGAUUCUAAGUCUGGUAUCUUAAAAGCUGUUGGUGAUUUAGAUAGAGAAUCGACACCCGUUUUGAGAUUCAACGUAUACGCAACAGACAAAGGUGUCCCUCCUUUGGAAAGCUCGUCCGAAAUCGUCAUCAUUUUGGAGGAUGUCAACGACAAUGCCCCACAGUUUGAUGAAAAAGUUUUCCGAUUUCAAACUCCAGAAGAGGUCGGUGGUACCAGAAUAAUCGCCAGUCUUCGUGCGACCGAUCCUGACGAAGGGGUAAACAGCCAGCUGGAGUAUUUUUUCACCGGAUCCCUCGACGGUGCGGAUGGAGCGUUCACCGUUUUACAAAAUGGUUCGAUUAUGUGCUCGGUUAAGCUAAACCGCGAAGAAAGGGUUAACUACUCCUUCUCGGUUAUGGUACGCGAUAAAGGCAAUCCUCCUUUGAUGUCAACUGCGAAUGUUGUCAUUGAAGUUACGGACAUAAACGACAAUACACCUAUCAUUUUGUUCCCGAAGACACAAAACCACACAGUUCUAAUCUCAAACAUACCAGAAAGUGGAGUCAUCCUCAGCCGCAUUAUUGCGUACGACGACGACGCCGAUGAAAACGGAACGCUGAGGUUCUCCGUGACGUCCGGCAACGACGACCGAGCUUUCCAGAUCUCGGAGACGACGGGUGAGUUCAAGAUCGCCGACGCUUCCAGGCUGAAGAACAAUAAACACUACGACGUCGGGUUGACCGUUUCUGACCGCGGUACACCCCCGCGGUCGAACACGACUUUUUUGAAAAUCGACGUCCAGUAUGACAACUACACCAAAGAGCUGGUCAAAAACGAACAGCAGAAACAGGAGGAUUACAUCAUCAUCGUCGCUGUCGUCGCCGCGGUGACCGUUAUCUUCUCCACGCUCAUCAUCGUCGCGAUUUGCGUCGUUUUUCAAAAAGACCGAAGCGGGCGUCGAAAACCGAGCCCCAAAGGUUCCUUCCACAACCUCCACGCGCCGGAAACGCUAACCGAUGAAGAAAAAGUUCCAGCUAGUAGUUUGGAAAUUGUUUCGGCACCAGGGCAACAUCAGCAUUACACGAUGAACAACCUCUCCUCCCCUCCCAGUGGCAACACCCGAUCACAAGAAGAAAACGGAUCCUUUUUUCAAGUGAAGCCGUCACAUCCGGAAUCGUUCCAGAACCCCAGAGGCAAGGCGGUGAGUUUCAGCCUGGGGGAGGCGGACGUGAAGUCGGCGUCGCGUCACGUUUCUCCGAGAGACGAAGCCCCCCUGUUCUCCACCUUCGGGGCCCCCCGCCCCGGGGACGGGGAUAUGUACCACCAGCGGUCAUCUUCGAAGCGACAGAGUGAUGACGUCACUAGUGACACUUCCGCUGACACGACCACCAGUGACAGUGGGCGUGGCAACAGCGUCGAUGACGUCAACUUUGAACAAAUUAUGCAAGGUGAACUGUCACCACCCCUCAACUCUCGCCGUAGGAGCGACGACGCACAACAGCCACCACGGAAGCAUGUUAUUCCAGAAAACCCCGGGAGGGCGUCAUACCACGUGAGGUUCUCCCAGCACCCCGGGAAGCCAUUCCCCCCAGACAUCCCGCCCAAGCAGAAGUUAACCCCCAGCUACGAGGGCGCCCGGCCGUUUUCCCGCCCCAACAUUUCCGAGUACACGGAACAACAUCCGUUUCCGGGUAACAAAGGCCUGCCCGCCAUCUCCCACUCCAGUAACAAGCUCAGCACCUUCCUGACGCCGCGUCAGUUGUCUGUGACGUCGAUGGACGACGACGCAUCUACGACGACUUCCGGAAGCUACGUCAUCAACCCGGAUGAGGUCAGAAUGGACACGUUUAUCGGUGCUGACGUCAUUGUAUAAUCAUCUACAUUAUGCAAAACAUAAAAGUCGUUCAAAAUCACCC